AUGCCGAUCACGGACUCUACGCCGGAGGAAAAGUCGAAAAAACCAGCUACGCAUGCUGAGCGCAAUGCAGCGGAUCUUGAGAAAAUGACUGGAGAUUUUGAGGAAACCGAAGUGACCGCGGGGAUAACUGAUGCCUUAAAAAAAGUAACCGAAGAAAAACAGUUUUCAGCUCCGGCCCCAAGAAUCAAAAUUAGGUCAGAGGACGUCGAUUUAAUCGUUCAGGAGUUCGAGAUCAGUUGGAUAGCGGCGGAAAAGAAACUCAAAGAAUGCCAUGGUGAUGUCCGCGAAGCACUUUGUGCAUUAUGUAAGUAA